AUGGAUCCAGAUUAUGUGCGACCUGGUCAAAUUGGUCAAAGGUUUGUUUUGCCAUCUUCAUUUACUGGUAGUCCUAGACAUAUGUUUGAAAUCUUUCAAGAUUCAAUGGCUAUCACGCGAUACAACCAGCACCCAGAUAUUUUUCUCACCAUGACUGCAAAUCCCAAUUGGCCAGAAAUUACUUCAGCAUUAUUACCACAUCAAAAGCCUAUUGAUCGUCCUGAUUUAAUUGCACGUGUUUUUGAGUUGAAGAGAAAAUGUUUGAUGAAGGAGAUAGAAACAAAUAAAGUGUUUGGACAUAAAGUUGCGCAUGUUUUUACAAUUGAAUUUCAAAAACGAGGCCUCCCUCAUAUGCAUGCACUUUUAUUUCUUAAGGGUCCAGACAAAAUUCGAACAUGUGCUCAAGUAGACAAUUUAGUCUGUGCAGAAUUUCCAAACCCGAGAGAUGAUCCUAUGCUUUUUGAAACUAUCAAAUGUUGUAUGGUACAUGGACCGUGUGGUGCUCGGAAUUCCCAAGCACCAUGUAUGGAAAAUGGUAGAUGCACUAAGAGAUACCCUCGAGUUUUCACAGAAACAACAACUAUGGAUCAAGAUGGAUACCCUAUCUAUCGUCGUCGCAAUAAUGGUCAAGUACAUACCGUGAGGGGGCAAAAAGUUGAUAACAAGGAUGUCGUACCAUACAAUGCAUAUCUUUCUAAACUUUUCAACUGUCAUAUAAAUGUGGAAGUUUGUGCCGGGAUGAGAUGUGUCAAGUAUAUACAUAAGUACAUUUAUAAGGGUUAUGAUCGUACAACGAUGGCGUUAGGAAUGAUAAAUGAGAUUCAACAAUAUCUCGAUGCAAGGUAUAUUGGACCUCCAGAAGCUGCUUGGCGAAUAUUUGGUCAUCCUUUGCAUGCAGAGAUGCCAACAGUUAUACGAUUAGCACUUCAUUUACCUGGAAUGCAUCGUGUUGUUUUUAACCCAGAAGAGUCGUUAGAAACUAUUCAAUCUAGAGCUGGUCAACAAAUGUCAACUCUUACUGGUUUUUUUGCAUAUUGUGCUGGCAGUGAAGAUGAAUGUCCAUUCACUUAUCAAGAAUUUCCACAGCAUUAUGUUUGGCUCAAGUCGGAAAAGAGAUGGAAAUCAAGAGAAAGAGGAUAUGCAAUUGGUAGAAUGUACUUUGCUAGCCCUAAUUGUGGUGAAAGAUUUUAUCUGCGUUUGUUACUAACCGUUGUCAAAGGACCAAAGUCGUUUCGGUCUUUACGCACGGUCGAUAAUGUUGUGCAUGAUACAUUUAAAUUAGCAUGUGUUGCAAGGGGGCUUUUAGAAGAUGAUGAAGAAUGGAUACAAUGCUUGAAAGAGGCUACAGUUAUGAAAACUGGAUAUCAAUUGAGGAGAUUGUUUAGUAUUAUUCUCACCCAGUGCUCUCCACUAAAUCCAUGUGCAUUAUGGAAUCAAUUCUCAACGCAUAUAUGUGAUGACCUUGCACAUAAGAUCCGGAAUGCUUAUAACACAAUCACUUCUUCAGUUUUUCAAAAUAAAGGAGUUGUUUUCUUUCUGAAUGGGGGUGCUGGAACAGGGAAAACAUUUUUGUACAAUACGAUAGCAUUAAAAUGUCGCAACCUUGGGCAUAUCGUUAUUACUGUGGCUUCAUCUGGAAUUGCAUCAUUGUUACUGGUCGGAGGUCGUACUGCACAUUCAACAUUUUCCAUCCCGUUAGAUGUGUUGGAAAAUUCAAAUUGUGGGCUUAGCAAACAAUCAUUGCAAGCUGAGUUAUUUAGAGAAACAAAACUCAUAAUUUGGGAUGAAGUUCCGAUGCAACAUAGACAUUGUGUUGAGGCGGUUGAUCGUACAUUGAGGGAUAUUUGUGAUAGUGAAAAGCCAUUUGGGGGUAUUACUGUUGUUCUUGGUGGAGAUUUUCGACAAAUCUUACCAGUUAUACCCAAAGGAGUUCGUGAGCAAAUUGUGAAUGCAUCAUUAAGACAUUCUGUUCUAUGGAAGCAUAUACAUAUCUUAACUUUGGAUUUGAAUAUGCGCUUGAAUCAUGAAGAUCGUGAAAAUGCUAAUUUUGCAAAUUUCUUGAUGGAGAUUGGGACCAAUCCUCAAGAAAUCGUUAACCUUCCAUCAACAAUACACAAAUGUCAAGAUUUGAAUGAAUUACUUUCUACAGUUUACCCACGGUUGAACAUGAUAGAGACGUCAACCCCAACAUUUUUAACUGAACGCACAAUUCUGUCUGCGCGUAACGAUGAUGUCAGUGACAUCAAUACUACUGCGUUGAAUAUCUUUCCAGGGAGAUUAUAUACUUAUCUUGCAGCAGAUAAAAUGUCUGGAGAUAAUGAAAUUGAUCCUACCAUUACAAAUAGAUAUCCUAAUGAAUAUUUAAAUUCAUUGGAUCCUCCUGGGUUGCCAACUUUUAAGUUAGAGUUGAAGGUGGGUUGUCCUAUAAUAUUGUUGAGAAACAUUGCACCAAAAGAUGGACUAUGUAAUGGUACAAGAUUGAUGAUUAUUAGGUGCGACACUCGCAUAAUUGAAGCUCAAAUUUUAACUGGAGAAAAGUUUGGUAAUUUGGCAUUUAUACCAAGGAUAUCUUUGGCACCAUCUUCUUCAGAAAUGCCUUUCCAAAUGACAAGACGUCAAUUUCCUAUCCGAUUGGCAUAUGCGUUGACCAUUAAUAAAUCUCAAGGACAAUCUGUGAAAUUUGUUGGGGUUGAUUUGCGCAUACCAGUUUUUAGCCAUGGACAAUUAUAUGUGGCAUUAUCUAGAUGUACAUCAUUUGAUCGUAUAAGUAUUCUGCUCCCUAAAGAUUGUUUGGAUUCUACUACAAAUAUUGUUUAUUCUGAAGUGUUGUUGUAG